UAUUACAAUCAAAUAACGCCCUUUCUAUACUUUGGUCAAAUAGAUUACACCAACAUCUCACUAUCGAUUUGACAACCAUACACGCAAUAUCAACAAUGUCUACACAAAAAGUCACAAUCAUCGGUUGCGGUUCCAUUGGAGCCUCAUGGGCUGCGCUGUUUCUCGCACACGGCUUCUCUGUAACAGCCUUCGACAUCAACGCAGCUGCCGAAUCCUUUGUGCGAACUUUCGUCAACGAAGCUCUACCCACCUUAGUCGCCCUCGGUGAGAUGAGCGAGUCUUCAACCGCCAAAGCAGAAGACAUCAAAUUCACAACCAACCUGAACGAAGCACUCGAAGGUGCAGACUUCGUCCAAGAAAACGGACCAGAGAAGCUCGACUUCAAGCAACAGCUUUUCAGCGACAUUGCCGCCAUCGUCAGGCCAGACACUAUUCUUGCGACGUCAUCUUCCGGGCUGACAUGCUCCUCCAUACAGGAAGGUAUGGCACCUGGCUCGCAUCCGGAGCGAUGCGUAGUUGGACAUCCAUUCAAUCCACCUCAUAUGAUACCCCUGGUGGAAGUGGUUGGUGGAUCAGCAACAGCGCCAGAGGUCAUCGCAAAAGCCAUGGAGUUCUACUCUAAAGCCGGCCGGAAACCCAUUCACAUCCAAAAAGAGGUCGUGGGCCACGUCGCAAACAGACUACAAUCCGCACUCGCACGUGAGAUGAUGCAUCUAAUCUCAGAGGAUAUCUGCACCGUCAAGGAUAUCGACGACGCCAUGUCCUAUGGUCCUGGCUUAAGAUGGGGCGUCAUGGGCCCUAGUGCGCUAUUUCAUUUAGCGGGAGGACCAGGUGGAAUUGAACAUAUGAGCCAACACUUGUUGGGUCCACUGAUGAGUUGGUAUGCGAGGAAAGAUCCGGUUGUUGACGAGGCAUUGAGGGAAAAGUGGGUCAGAGGAACUCUUGAAGCGGUGGACGGACGCACUUAUCAGGAUCUCGCGAAGCAAAGGGAUGAAGAAUUGGUGGCGUUGUUGAAAACACGGAAAGAAUGGGAUGGCUACGCUGCAGCUAAGAAAGCAGUUUAG